AUUAUCGAUUGUUACCUGAUCGUCACUUGCUCUGCCACCAUGCUGGCCUCAGGGCUACUGCUGGUGGCUUUGCUGACCUGCCUGUCUGUAAUGGUCUUGAUGUCCGUCUGGAGACAAAGGAAGUUUGCAGGGAAGCUGCCCCCUGGGCCCACUCCACUGCCCUUCAUCGGGAACUACAUGCAGCUGAACACAGACCAGAUGUACGAUUCUCUCAUGAAGCUCAAGGAGCGCUACGGUUCCGUGUUCACCGUCUACAUGGGGCACCGGCGUGUGGUCGUGCUCUGUGGAUAUGAUGCUGUGAAGGAGGCACUGAUAGACCAGGCGGAGGAAUUCAGCGGGAGAGGCGAGCAGGCCACCUUUGACUGGCUCUUCAAAGGCUAUGGCGUGGCCUUCAGCAACGGCGAGCGAGCCAAGCAACUCCGGCGCUUCUCCAUCUCCACGCUGCGGGACUUCGGUGUGGGCAAGCGGGGCAUCGAGGAGCGCAUCCAGGAGGAAGCGGGCUUCCUCAUCGAGACCUUCCGAGGCACCCGCGGCGCCUACAUUGACCCCACCUACUUCCUGAGCCGCACAGUCUCCAAUGUCAUCAGCUCCAUCGUCUUCGGGGACCGCUUUGACUAUGAGGACAAAGAGUUCCUGUCGCUGCUGCGGAUGAUGCUGGGAAGUUUCCAGUUCACAGCGACUUCCGUGGGGCAGCUCUAUGAGAUGUUCUACCCAGUGAUGAAAUACCUCCCAGGACCUCAGCAACAAGCCUUUAAGGAGCUGCAGGGGCUAGAGGACUUCAUAGCCAAGAAGGUGGAACAGAACCAGCGCACUCUGGACCCCAACUCCCCGAGGGACUUCAUCGAUUCCUUCCUCAUCCGCAUGCAGGAGGAGAAGAAGAACCCCAACACAGAGUUCGACCAGAAGAACCUGGUGCUGACCACGCUGAACCUCUUCUUUGCGGGCACUGAGACCGUGAGCACAACCCUGCGCUAUGGCUUCCUUCUGCUCAUGAAGCACCCGGAAGUGGAGGCCAAGAUACACGAGGAGAUUGACCGGGUGAUUGGCAAGAACCGUCAGCCCAAGUUUGAGGACCGAGCUAAGAUGCCCUACACGGAGGCAGUGAUCCACGAGAUCCAAAGAUUCGGAGACAUGAUCCCCAUGGGCUUGGCUCGCAGUGUCAUCAAGGACACCAAGUUCCGGGACUUCCUCCUGCCCAAGGGCACUGAAGUGUUCCCCAUGCUGGGCUCCGUGCUGAGAGACACCAAGUUCUUCUCCAACCCCAGGGAUUUCAACCCCCAGCACUUCCUGGAUGAGAAAGGGCAAUUUAAGAAAAACGACGCCUUUGUGCCUUUCUCCAUUGGAAAGCGCUACUGUUUCGGGGAAGGCCUGGCCAGGAUGGAGCUCUUUCUCUUCCUGACCACUAUCCUGCAGAAUUUCAGCUUCAAGUCCCCGCAGGCACCCAAGGACAUCGACGUGUCCCCCAAAAAUGUGGGGUUUGCCACCAUCCCACGAACCUACACCAUGAGCUUCCAGCCCCGCUAAGCAGGCGAGGGGCCGGGGCAGGGCUAGUGGGAGGAGGGGAGAAAUGAGGAGAGUGAGA